GGUCCUGUACAGUGUACACUCACCGCUCACCCAGCAGCGCAGCCGCCCUGUUUACUUCACCGCUCUCCAAUUGACCACCUUGACCGUCUCGCCGUCCAGCAAUGAUCAAAAACGGCCACCACGCGCCCUGUGAGAGCGGCGGAGAGCCGCGGGAGCGCGCGACGGAGAAGAGGAAGCGCGUGGUUCGGGUUUGGUGCGACGGAUGCUAUGACAUGGUCCACUAUGGUCACUCUAAUCAGCUGCGGCAGGCCAAGGCAAUGGGAGAUCACCUGGUGGUGGGAGUUCACACAGACGGAGAGAUAGCGAAGCACAAAGGUCCCCCGGUCUUCACUCAGGAGGAGCGCUAUAAGAUGGUCCGGGCGAUAAAGUGGGUGGACGAGGUCGUAGAGGGAGCUCCGUACGUCACCACGCUGGAGACGCUCGACAAACACAACUGCGACUUCUGCGUCCACGGGGAUGACAUCACUUUGACGGUGGACGGGAAGGACACGUAUGAUGAAGUGAAGCGGAUGGGGCGGUACAGGGAGUGUAAACGCACUCAGGGUGUGUCGACCACAGACCUGGUUGGCCGGAUGCUGCUGAUGACGAAAGCUCAUCACACUAACAUGGAUAACUCCGAUUACCAACAACAUGCAGAUAACUUUGGGAAGGGUCCUAAAGGCCAUAGUCCGUGGACCGGGGUCUCUCAGUUCCUCCAGACGUCUCAGAAGAUCAUCCAGUUCGCCUCAGGGAAAGAGCCCCAGCCUGGAGACACCAUCAUUUACGUAGCCGGAGCGUUCGACCUCUUCCAUAUCGGUCAUGUGGACUUCCUGGAGGCGGUGUUCAAACAAGCAGAGAGACCGUACGUCAUCGUGGGGCUGCACUUCGACCAGGAAGUGAACCGUUACAAAGGGAAGAACUAUCCCAUCAUGAACAUCCACGAGAGGACGCUGAGUGUGCUGGCGUGCCGGUAUGUGUCGGAAGUGGUGAUCGGGGCUCCAUACGCUGUGGAUAAAGACCUUCUAGAUCAUUUUAAGGUGGACCUGGUGUGUCACGGACAGACGGAGGUGUUUCCGGAUAAGGACGGCGCAGACCCCUACGCGGAGCCGAAGAAGAGAGGAGUAUUUCGUGUUAUCGACAGCAGCAAUGGCCUCACGACUGAUGACAUCGUCCAGAGAAUCAUUGAGAACAGGCUGCAGUUUGAGGCGAGGAAUCAGAAGAAAGAAGCGAAGGAGAUGGCCGCGAUCGAGGCACUGAGGCGCAGAGAGGACGGAGAGAAGAGCCAAGCUUAGUAGCAACCAACGAAAAGACACGACAACGAAAAACCAAGGGCUUGACCAGAAAAGCACUGGUCCUCUUUUCCUCUCCUUCCUUAUCGUCCCCUGUCCCCCUGUCCUCCUGUCCUCCUGUCCUCUCCUCACACUUGGUGAAAUACUGUGGACACUGUAGCGUCAGUCCCUUCUGCAACGUACUUUAAAGCAGCCUGGUUUUCGUCCACUGGGGGGAAAAAGGUGCUGCGAAAUUAUGAUACUGUGAAAGAAUCUGAGACCAAAUCUGUUAUCAGGGCAGACAGUUUUCACAACAUGCACAAUAAUGUCCAUAUAUACGAUGAUGUCAGAAUGAAUGCAAAUAAACAGCAAUACAGUCAAUAUUCAUUUUAUUUCUCUAGUAUGCUAAGUUAGCCAUUUUCAGACCUGUUCUAGUUGCCAUUCAGUACCUGUUUAGGUUAAUCAGUCCUUAAUUAAAGCGCUACUUCAGCAACAAAUCACACCCAUAGGUAAGAAGGUAAACCUGUCGUCGAUCAUUGUACGAGGCUAAUGUAGCUUAAUGGAAGCUUUUUUUGUAUAGAAAGUCUGUUUGAGAUUUGGCAGCGUUUGAGGCGAGCGUGUGAUGAUUUUAGGUAUGCAGUUAGCACCAUGCUAAUAGGUGUCCAUAAGAUUCUAUUACUUGUUAGCUACAUUAGCCUCGUAGCACUAGUGCAAAACUCAAGGACACCAAACAUGCCUUUCCAAAUCAUGAACGCUGAAUUACAGGCACAGAUUAGCACGUCUAAAUCAUUAUUUAUAAACAUGAACCAAAUUGGAUGUAGGCUUUCAGUUAGCACCAUGCUAAUUGGUGUCCAUAAACUUCCAUUACUUGUUAGCCACAUUAGCAUUGUAGCGGUAAAGAAUCAAGCUUCAGACACCAAAUAUGUCUCGGCUGAUCGACCACAUUUGGAUUAAGGAUGAAUUUAUUUAUUUACGUUAAAUCAGGUUCUGGUGGUGGAACUAAACGGAUCCAUACGCUGCCUAAAGUGGAACCAAACAUGUUCUUCCUACCACCAACACAUUCUGCUUCCUUUUUACCGUGUUAAUGUUUAUUUGCAUUCAUGAUAAUGUUCUUUAGCCAGGUUCCCAGGCCCAGAUUAAGGCUAAUCUCAGACUAACAAGGAAUUUCUAGUAGAAAUUCACCAUUGCUGCUGCAGUUUAGUCCGAGACUAGGCUUAAUCCAUGUCUGGGAAACCAGACCACAAGUAAAACACACUUACUGCCCAGAUUUUACACAGUUUAACCUUUACAAAGUGCUGUAUUUCCUCAUUUGCACAUUUGUUUGUUCAGUAACACAGAGAAUGUGCUUGUUUUCCAACAUGGGCGAGUUUAGAGCCCCAGCACCGCUUACAGGACUAAAACUGAGGGCUGCUUUAACAGAACAGGUCACGGUGGGAACUCUGGGUAAAAGUUUUUAGAAUUUACUUCUGUUUAAUAGCGAUGGCUCAUCGUGUGAUGAGCGAGUGAUUUAAUUAUGUAACAGUACCUGUUAAAUGGGUAGAAACACACUGUAGUCUCUCUGUCGGAGAGGUUUGUAAAACAAGAAAAACAAAAAAAAACA